CACAGCGACAGACAGACAGAGUUAGAGGUCUUACAUGUGACUUUACCCACAUCUCUGGGCUAAACCCUCCUCCAGAGUGUCCUGUUGAGCAAAAUAUUUUAAUUAAAGUCGUGAAACAAAAAGAAUAAGAGAGAGAGAGAGACAAACUGUUCCUCCAAGUAGGAUCAAAAUGAGCAUUCAGGGACAGCAACAGGUGGAGAAGAAGUACGACCCACGGGACACCACCCUGAGGUUUGUCAACAGGAGGGAUGACUUGGAUCCGGUGUGUGACGAUGAAGAUGACUGUCUCAGGGCGGAGAUGUCCUGCGGCCACGCUGUCACUCCUGACUCUCUAACAAACUGGUGUCGCAGCCUGCUGGAUGAGGGUAACUACAAAUUCAGAUGCCCUGCACUGGUGGAGGGGAACAAACUGUGCAAUAAACCGUGGUUGUACCAAGAGGUGCGCAGACUGGCUGAUUUGUCUGUUGAGGAAAUGCAGAAUUUUGAAGAUACCAUGGCUCGCCUGGCUGCUGCAGAAUACUGUGAAAUUCAGACAUGCCCGCAGUGUAAGACGAAUGUGGAGAGGAAGGAUCUCUCCAACCUGUGUGCGCAGUGCCCCAUGUGCACAGCUGAUAAGAAGAAGACCUACCAGUUCUGCUGGCAGUGUCAGAGGGAGUGGAAAGGUCAAGGCCCUCGGUCCGACCGCUGUGACAACGAUGGCUGCUUCAACAGGGACUUGCAGCUUCUGCAGACGUGUAAGACCAUCAGUCUGCCAGCGGUGGAGGGGGUCACCCACUGCCCCUCUGUCCGAGUCUGCCCCACAUGCGGCACGAAGGUGGAGCACAGCCAACAGAACUGCAAAAAUAUAAACUGCCCCCGCUGCCACGUGGAGUUUUGUUUCGUCUGCCUGAAACUAAAAAUAGAGUGUUGUAAGACCAGUUCACCGUACAAAAUCUGUCCCAGUGGUGUGGCUCCUAGACAGACCUCUAUCCCUGUGUGGGAGAAGAAAUGAAAAAGAAACAGAAACAUCUGUAUUUGAUGAACAAUUCAACAAUAGAUUGUAGUUUAAAUCUAUCAAUAUUAUAUUACUCCGUUAAUAUUUGUUGAUAUAUACAAAAUGUGACAAACACUCGUGCCUUAUUUAUACAUAUUUUUGUCUACUUGUGGAUGAACUCUGCCUCCUUCUGGAUAGACUUUAAAUUGAACAUGACAAGAAAGUCAGAUGUUUUAUUGUCCUGUGAAUGCCGAUCACUAUUGAGCUACUGUAAAUGCUACUAGUAAUAAAUUCUAUACAUACAAAAUGACAUUUCUUGAAAAAUGUUUACUUAGAUUCGAGAAUGUAUUUGUAAACCUUAUAAUUACUCAUUAAAAUCACACAAAUAU